AUGUUGAAAGGAACUUUUCAGCUUGUGCUCGGGCAGUUAGCUCAUAAUUCGAGGACAAAGAGGCUGCACACCAUCUCCUCCAGGAUCCGCUUGCCCCACUCAGUCCGGACAUCUGCCUCGCGGUGGCAGGUGGUGCUGAAGUCCAGCUCCGCUUGCAGCAACCCACAGGAUUACUCCGGAAGUGCCCUGUGA